CGUCAAAACUCAAACGACCAACAACGCUAGGUAGGUCCCCUCCAAAGAGUGUCCAAAAAGGACCAAGAUACUUUCUUUCUCCUCACUGACAUCUCUUGCCAUGGCAAACACCACAUGGCUUCUCUACUACUUAACUCGCCGCCGAUUCUCACCUUCUUUCCGGUCAUUCUUCUUCAUCCCCACAUCCUUAGCUCUUUUUACUUCUCUCUUCAUUCUCUUUUACAUUUCCACUACCUCCACUCUCUUCUUUUCCAAUCAACAGCCAUCCAUACCUCACCUAAACCAACCACUUUUAUCUGGCUCAUCAUCCACGGCUCAAAUUAACAUCAGCAAUAAUACUCAAAGCCCUAUUGUUCAUGUCUCCAAUUUCAAUCGCUUGAAUGAGAAUGACAGAGAUGGGAGGGAAAGUCAACGGUCUUUACGGCCUCAAUUUGGCUCCUCUGAUGGAAUCUAUGUGAACAACGAGCUGUUCCAUGAUAAAGAUAUCUUUCUGGAAGACUAUAAACAAAUGAAUAGGAGCUUUAAGAUAUAUGUUUAUCCUCACAGGCGAAAUGACCCGUUUGCAAAUGUACUUUUGCCGGUUGAUUUUGAACCUGGGGGCAAUUAUGCCAGUGAAAGUUACUUUAAGAAGGCUCUUAUGGAAAGUCAUUUCAUCACAAAAGAUCCAGCGAAGGCAGACCUUUUCUUUCUUCCCUUCUCAAUUACAAGGUUGCGGCAUGACCCUAGAGUUGGUGUAGGAGGUAUCCAAGAUUUCAUCAGAGAUUACAUCUUAAAUAUAAGUCGGAAGUACCCAUUUUGGAAUAGGACAGGUGGAGCUGAUCAUUUCUAUGCUGCUUGUCAUUCCAUUGGGCGGUCAGCAAUGGAGAAGUCAGAGGAAGUAAAAUUUAAUGCCAUUCAAGUGGUCUGCUCUUCAAGCUACUUCCUUUCUGGAUACAUUGCUCACAAAGAUGUCUCCCUGCCACAGAUUUGGCCUAGACGAGGAGAUCCUCCUAAUCUUGCAUCGUCAAAAAGGAAGAAACUUGCUUUCUUUGCUGGAUCAAUCAACUCCCCAGUCCGUGAAAGGCUUCUUCAUUCUUGGAGAAAUGACUCUGAAAUCUUUGCCCACUUUGGUCGGCUCACAACACCUUAUGCUGAUGAGCUACUUGGAAGCAAAUUCUGCCUCCAUGUCAAAGGCUUUGAAGUAAACACAGCUCGUAUUGGAGACUCACUAUAUUAUGGUUGUGUUCCAGUUAUCAUUGCCAACCACUAUGAUCUUCCAUUUGCAGACAUUCUGAAUUGGAAGAGCUUCUCAGUUGUUGUUGCCACUUUAGAUAUUCCAUUACUUAAGAAAAUUCUUAAAGGAAUAAGUUCUGACCAAUAUCUGAUGUUUCAAAAAAAGGUACUAGAGGUGCGAAAACAUUUCCAGUGGCACUGCCCUCCAGUUGAUUACGAUGCGUUUUACAUGGUGAUGUAUGAACUAUGGCUUCGACGGACUUCUGUGAGGGUCUCAUUGCCAGUGUCUAAGAACCCUAAUCAUUGAUCAAACAUUUCUUUGACAGUGAUUCAGCAGCUCCCAUGGCAUUGAGAAUUUGUAUACAUGUCCAAUUUCUUUAAUUGCUAGAGAAGCUUGCAUGAUUUUUCAUGACUUCCUGCAAAAUUCUUAGCAUAUUUCAUAAUGUAUAAAAGAAUCCCUUGUAUCGUACCGCAUCUGCUCUUUCAAAAUUCAACCUGCAUUUGUAUA